CGGCUUCCACAAAUCGAAAGCGCUCCGUUCCUCCUAGGGGUUCCGGUGAAAGCCGAUCAAUUCAGCAACAAGAAUUCAGUCCACCGUAGUGGGUUAAAUAGCUAGAUGUCAUCGACUUCCAAGAAAUCCGGGACUCGGUAUGCGGUUGCGACAAUGGGAGGUUUUGACAGGAUCAGCAGUCCUUCGGAUGAGGCAGCACACUAUCUUCUCUGUUUUCUCCAUGUUGGAGACCUUUCCCAGAUGAUGUUGGUAUCCAAGAGGUGGAAUAGGUUAUGUUAGUCCAUCCCUGUAUUAAUUAUUGGUAUAUCGUACACUAUACAUGAGUUAAUAAUUAAUCAGUUAAUUA